CCGCAGCCACAUUCUGCUACCUCGCGCACGCCAUUUCCCCAUCGAUCUGCCCGUGCUUCUUCUUCUUAAGCAGUUGCUCGCCUUGGAUCCAUGGACCAUCAGAUCAGCUCCCACGUGCACGCCGACGGCGAGCGCAGGGCGAAGGAGGAGGACGUCGUCGACGUCGAGGCGGCCGAUCCGAAGCCGGCCGAGGCCGCCGAUCACCCGGGCGGCGACGAUGGCGGCGUCAACUACAUGGCCCGCGCGCAGUGGCUCCGCGCGGCCGUCCUCGGCGCUAACGACGGCCUCGUCUCCGUCGCGUCCCUCAUGAUCGGCGUCAGCGCCGUCAACGACGCCGGCAAGACGAUGCUCGUGUCGGGCCUCGCCGGGCUGGUGGCCGGCGCCUGCAGCAUGGCCAUCGGCGAGUUCGUGUCCGUCUACGCGCAGUACGACAUCGAGGUGUCGGAGAUCAAGCGCGACGGCGCCAAGGGCAAGAAGGAGAACCUGCCGAGCCCGACGCUGGCCGCGCUCGCGUCGGCGCUGGCGUUCGCGGUGGGCGCGCUCCUGCCGCUGCUGGCCGGCGGGUUCGUGAGGCCGAGGGGCGCCAGGGUCGGGGCGGUGUGCGCGGCGACCACCGUGGGGCUGGCCGGCUUCGGCGCGGCGGGCGGGUACCUGGGCGGCGCGAGCAUGGCGAGGUCAGGGUCCAGGGUCCUCGUGGGCGGGUGGGUCGCCAUGGCCGUCACGUACGGCGUGCUCUGGCUGUUCGUCAAGGUGUUCCACAUUCACGUCUCGUCGUUGGGGUGAAGUGCCCGCGCUGGUUUGGCUGGUGGUGGGUGGAGUAAUUUGCAGAAUUAAUACAAGAGUUCAGAGCUAGCUGUCAGUUACUACUCCGUAAAAUUUGGACAUUUGGUGCACGCCAUGCGCAUGGUUAAUGGCUACCCAUAUCAUGAGCAGGGAUCGCCCGGAUCGAUCGGUGUGUAAUGUUUUUCUUUCAGCUUAGUGUAAUGUCUCUGGUUGGUGGCGAUGUAAGGCCGGGCUAAUGAAAAUACUAUGCUCUUUUCCA